UUUCUUCCUCUUAAAUGAAAGUGAAGCAAUACAGACUCAUAUCCCUCUAUCUGACUGCUGUUAAAAUGGUUUAAAGGCAUGGAAACAUGUUCCAGUUUGUUAUGAUUCUCUCUGUUUGUGGAUUUACUGUGGCACAAGAAAAACGCCUGCUUUGCAGAACAGACGACCUGGACAUUUUAUAUUCCAACUGUAGUGGAGGUCCUCACACUAACACAUUUUCCUUUGAAGUAGAGCCAUGUUCAUUAAAGGAUCAUUCAGUAUGGAUGGGCACUAUUUUCUGGAUUCCAAGGGCUGAUCUAACCAUUCUGAGUGCGCAUGUCAGUUUGUCGUUUAAAGGUUUUGAAGCCAUAAAAUGGGAAUCUGUUCUUUGCCACGGUGUGGAUGAUGACUACACAUUUUGUGGAGCUCUGAAGGGAGAGACAAUCAACACAACUGUGAGAAUCAGUGGUGCAAUGCCAACAUAUCCAAAGGGAGAGUACACAGUUAUUUUUAAAGGAUUCUCUGGUUAUUAUGAGGAGCUAAUAGCUUGUAUGAAUUACACGGUGAUCAUUAAGCAGCAGCUUUAAUGCAUUUCCGGAUGAGGAAGUUCCACUAAACCAUUUCACAGCACAAGAACUUUUUUCUAGAGAGCAGAGGAAUCAAAGCUGGUCACAGAAAUCAUCAGCUGCAAGGUUUUGAUUUUCCAGGACUGUUGUCUGAAAAAUUAUAAGAUGAAUGCCAACGUUCAUUUCUAUCACUGCUGUUGUGAUAGGCAGGUUCAGUGUGUGAGACAUUUACACACAUAUACACACCAAACGGGUUCAUAUAUGUGCACUCUGUGUGUGAGAAACUAUUGGUGCUUUCAUAAUUUACUCAACAAAGCAUUUUCGGUAUGUGAUUAAAGUACUGCCUUAACUUAUUGAAAUCCAUGUGUUUUUCUUUUCCUUCUUGUUAAAAAAUCAGUUUUCCCACCUCUCUUUCUGGGAUAAUUCACGAACUGCAUACAUUUAGGUUGUACAGGGUAUAAAUGCAGUAUGGCACAGAACAGGAGUAAGCCUUGGGCUUCCAUCCUUCUCACUGCACACAGAAUUGUAAUAUAAACCAAGGCCAAUGCAUGUAAAAUGUCUCAAUGGCAUGGUAAGGUGAUCUGCUUGUCGUAUUGUAUUUUGAUUUGAUUAUUUAUUUGAUUUGAUUUGGGACUCUACUGACUGAAACUUAAGAUUAAAAACAGAAGA